CUCACACAAGCCCAGGCUCAGUAAUGUGGAAAACACUGUGAGAGUGAGCUGUACUUUCUCUCACACACUCUGUACAAUCACCUGCUUGAAGACACACAGCACACAGUCGGCAAACAUGGAGGAGGCUGACCUGCUGAAGGAAAGGCUGCAGGCGAUCACGGACAAAAGAAGAAUCCAGGAGGACAUCGCCAAGAAAAGGAGACAGAUUGAAGAGGAGAAAUUAAAACUGCAGUACAUAAAGAAGAAAGCAUUGAGGGAGCAAUGGCUGAUGGACGGCCUGAGUCAGCAGACGGAGCAGGAGCAGGAGGCGAUGAGGCUCCAGGCUCAGGAUGAACAGCUGCAGAGUGAUCAGCUUCAGAGCAACAUCAUCAGAAUAGAGGAGAAGAUUCAGGCCCUGGAAGCACAAGAGCUCAGCAUUUCUGCCAAUGAAGAAGUCGUCCUGAAGAGGUUAAAAGAGGUGGAGAGAACCACUGAAGACAUCAUCAAGGAGCUAAACGCAGAGUACCAGGCAGAUGUAGAAAAUCAUGUUCCAUCACCACUCCCAGAUAUCCCAUCCCUCAUCCCUCUGAGACCAGUUCACACUCUGCCCAUGUGUAAACCUGAAAGUGAGGAAAAAAAGAAAGCCACAUUUGCAAUUGAGAUCAAUGUGGAGCAUGAUAAGAGAACUGGACACAGUCAAGUGGUCUCUACAGCCACCAUCACUCCAGAAACCAUGCUGGGCAGGGGCUUAAAAGUGUUUGACGAUGGCCGCAAGUCUGUAUAUGCACUGCAUUCAGAUGGAGGUGAAAUGCAAAGUGGAGCAGUCGGAGAGAUGACUCCAACACAAGUAGAAGAGCUGCUACGCCAGGCGACCGAGAACCCAGCCGCUGAGCUGCAGUACCAUCAGCCUGUCUACUCUGUAGCCUACACAGGAAGUAGCAGGCCUUCAACACCGAGGACGCCACAUAAAACACAGAGGAAAACCCCGACUGUGUCAUCCACAAAUGGAGUUCAAGUCCUCGCAGAGGAAACUCAGCGCAGGACAGACCUGAAUGGACAGACAACCGAGAGCCAAGGAGAAGACUUUCCACCAAGAGUCCAAAAGUCUGGAGAAGAAUCCCAACGGCCGUAUUUUCACAUUCCAGGACAAUCGAAGAGUGACGAGCAUCCAGAGCGACGCCCUUACAGCGUGACGGAUAUGAGCAGUGCAAACUCACCCGCUCUGGUGUCAGUUACAGCCUGGUCUGAAGGCAGACCACGACCAGAACUACCGGUCUACAGAGCUGUAGAGGACCACAGUCCUUCACUGGCUGGUCUCACGUGCGACAGCGACCCCGAUACUGUGAUAGAGAGAUCAGGUGAUCUGAACAGAUACUCACCUUUCUACGCAGAGAGCAUCACUUCUCUGAACCUUGUCAACACCCCGCCGGACGAGAUGGAGUCCGCUCCCGUCACCAUGAUCUUCAUGGGAUAUGAAAACGUUGAGGAUGAAGAGGAAGAAGACGUUCAGGCUGAGCUGAUCGUCAUCGCUGACAGUGAUGAUGAGGACAAUGAAAAUCAAAGGGAGGCGUGUCUCUCAUACCAUCCAGAGGGAUACAUGAGUCAAGUAUUCCAACCCAGAAUGGGUGUGGCCAAAGUCACAGGCUGCAGAGGCAUUAUUGAGGAUGCGUACACAUACUGGGAUGAUGUGGAGCUCCACACGCCAACGUUCACCCACAAGCCUGGAAAGAAAGAUGAGUCUGCAAACACAGGCAGCAUCAACAUGGAGAAGAUGAAGCGAUGAGACAGAAUCCUCUCUUUCUCUUUAAAGUUUGAAUGUAUUUGUAUAUUAAAAACUAUACGU